AUGCUAUUCAAACAGCAGGCGUUGCUGAGGCAGAAGCUCUUCGUGCUGGGCAGCCUUGCUAUUGGGAGUCUCCUGUAUCUAGUUGCCAGGGUUGGGAGCUUGGAUAGGCUGCAGCCUGUUUGCCCCAUAGAGAGCAGAUUGCCCCCCCAUGACCUGCCAGACCAGAUCCACUUGCGAACGCUACAGUUUAAACGCGGUCUUCUCCAUGAGCUGCGGAAGGGCAAUGCCACCAAGGAGCAGAUUCGCCUGCACAACCUGGUACAGCAGCUUCCGCGCGCCAUCAUCAUCGGUGUCCGCAAGGGUGGGACCCGUGCCCUGCUGGAGAUGCUCAACCUGCACCCAGCUGUGGUCAAGGCCUCACAGGAAAUCCACUUCUUUGACAAUGACCAGAACUACGCACGUGGCAUUGACUGGUACCGGGAGAAGAUGCCUUUUUCUUUCCCUCACCAGAUCACCAUUGAGAAAAGUCCGGCCUACUUCAUCACCGAGGAGGUUCCUGAACGUAUCUUCAAGAUGAACUCAUCAAUUAAGCUGUUAAUCAUUGUGCGUGAGCCCACCACCAGAGCUGUGUCUGACUACACUCAAGUACUGGAGGGCAAGGAGCGCAAGAACAAGACCUACCAUAAGUUUGAGAAGCUGGCCAUUGAUGCAAACACCUGUGAGGUGAACACCAAGUACAAGGCAGUACGGACCAGCAUAUACACCAAGCACCUGGAGCGUUGGCUUAAGUACUUCCCAGUGGAGCAGUUCCACAUUGUAGAUGGGGACCGUUUGAUAACGGACCCGCUACCCGAGCUCCAGUUAGUAGAACGUUUUCUCAACCUGCCGUCCCGGAUCAGCCAGUACAAUCUAUACUUUAAUGCCACCCGGGGAUUCUACUGCUUGAGAUUUAACAUUGUCUUCAACAAGUGCCUGGCUGGCAGCAAGGGACGAAUUCAUCCUGAAGUGGACCCUUCUGUUUUGGCAAAACUGAGGAAGUUCUUCCAUCCGUUCAAUCAGAAGUUUUAUCAGAUCACUGGUAGGACAUUUAAUUGGCCGUGA